CCCGAAACGAAGAAAUCCCACACGCCGCAGUUGAGAAUUUCCACAGCGCCGCCAUGAACUCGUUCAAGAAGGAGCACCCAUUCGAGAAGCGACAGGCGGAAGCGCAGCGCAUCCGGUCCAAGUACCCUGACCGCAUACCCGUUAUUUGCGAAAAGGCAGACCGAAGCGAGAUCCCAGACAUCGACAAGAAGAAAUACCUGGUCCCCGCCGAUUUGACAGUCGGCCAAUUUGUGUAUGUGAUCCGAAAGCGCAUCAAGCUCAGUCCUGAAAAGGCGAUCUUCAUCUUCAUCAACAACGUGUUGCCCCCAACGGCAUCGCUGAUGUCGAACAUCUACGAAGAACAGAAGGACUCGGACGGAUUCCUCUACAUCACAUACAGCGGCGAAAACACUUUCGGGGGAGACAACCUGGGCUUCCUGGACGAAUAGACUUGGACUGACUUCUAUAUAUAUAUGUCGAUUCCUUUGAAUACACUGGACUCCCGUA